AGAGAGAGAGAGGGAGGGAGGGAAAGAUAGAGAGAGAGAGAAAAGGAGAGCGAGAAAGAGAGAGAGAGGGGGACAGGACUCGGCAGAGCCGCUGGAACGCAACACUUGUCCAGGAAGAAGUAUCUAGCUAGCUUGCCUCCUUCAGCACUACUCGAGGAGGGCUGCUGGAAGACUCGGAGACUGAACGGCGGUCAGCGGGGCGGUGAGCGCACGGAGCCCCGAGACAACAUGAGCAAGCCCGGACUCGCCGCUGCGCUCUCACCGCGACCUGGAGAGAAAUAAAGCCCCGGUCAGAGCCGUGCAGCCCUGCUGCUGUCUCAGUAUCAGUGUGUAUCAGUCCCGGCGGACACAGCAGCAGAGACAGAAACAGAGACAUGGAGCAGCAGAGGAAGAUCAGCUAGCGAUUCACACACCUCUCUAUCAACACACACACUCACACACCGCGCACACACACACGCAGCCUGAAGAAGAUCUGAGGAGCAACACGCAGGCGGUGGUGUUGACCGGCAGGAGAAGAUGGAUUUUAGCACCAUUAGGAACCUCAUCAGCAGAUACUGUGCAGGGGAGGAGAACUGGGUGGACAGCAGGACAGUGUAUAUUGGUCAUAAAGUGCCGCCACCGGGCACAGAGGCCUACAUCCCUCAGAGAUACCCUGACAACAGGAUCAUCUCCUCUAAGUACACCUUUUGGAACUUUAUACCGAAGAAUUUGUUUGAACAGUUUAGAAGAAUCGCAAAUUUCUAUUUCCUGAUUAUCUUUCUUGUACAGUUGAUUAUUGACACUCCCACCAGUCCCAUCACCAGCGGUCUGCCGCUCUUCUUUGUCAUCACAGUCACCGCCAUCAAACAGGGCUAUGAGGAUUGGCUGAGGCACAAGGCGGAUAACGCGGUGAACCAGUGUCCGGUUCACGUGGUGCAGCAUGGUAAAGUGGUGCGGAAGCAGAGCCGCAGGCUGCAGGUGGGCGACGUGGUUUUGGUGAAGGAGGACGAGACGUUCCCCUGUGACCUAAUCCUGCUGUCCACCAGCAGAGACGAUGGCACCUGUUUUGUCACCACUGCCAGCCUGGACGGAGAGUCCAGUCACAAGACCUAUUAUGCAGUUCAGGACACCAAGGCCUUUAACACAGAAGAGGAGGUGGACACACUACAGGCCACCAUAGAAUGUGAACAACCCCAACCAGACCUGUACAAAUUUGUGGGACGCAUCAAUAUUUAUUUGGACAGAGAUGAGCCUAUUGCAAGACCUCUGGGUUCUGAGAACCUGCUGCUGCGAGGGGCCACACUGAAGAACACAGAGUACAUAUACGCUGUGGCUAUCUACACAGGCAUGGAGACCAAAAUGGCCCUGAACUACCAGUCCAAAUCGCAAAAACGCUCGGCUGUGGAAAAGUCCAUGAAUGCAUACCUGAUUGUUUACCUCUGCAUUCUGAUCAGUAAAGCUCUGAUCAACACCGUCCUCAAGUACGUGUGGCAGGCCGACCCCAACAGAGACGAGCCCUGGUACAACCAAAAAACAGAGACGGAGAGGCAGCGACACAUAUUAAUACGAGCAUUCACAGACUUCCUGGCCUUCAUGGUCCUCUUCAACUACAUCAUUCCUGUUUCUAUGUACGUAACUGUGGAGAUGCAGAAGUUCCUGGGUUCCUACUUCAUCUCAUGGGACGAUGAGAUGUUUGAUGAAGAGCUGGGGGAGGGAGCUCUCGUCAACACGUCAGAUCUUAAUGAAGAGCUGGGACAGGUGGAGUAUGUGUUCACUGAUAAAACAGGAACACUAACAGAAAACAACAUGGAGUUCAUAGAGUGCUGUGUGGACGGCCAUGUCUAUGUACCCCAUGCCAUCUGCAACGGGCAGAUCAUGUCAGGAGCCUCCAGCAUAGACAUGAUUGACUCUUCACCCAGCGCUGAGAGCAAGGAGCACGAGGAGCUGUUUUUCCGGGCGCUGUGUUUGUGUCACACAGUGCAGGUGAAAGAGGAAGAGACGGUGGAUGGCAUCAAGAGAGGAAUUCACCAGGGUAAAGCCACGUCCUUCUACAUCUCCUCUUCUCCUGAUGAGGUGGCCCUGGUGGAGGGCAUGAAGAGACUGGGCUUCACCUACCUCCGACUAAAGGACAGCCACAUGGAGAUCCUAAACAGAGAGGAUGACAUUGAGAGGUUUGAGCUGUUGGAGGUGUUGAACUUUGACUCUGUGAGAAGGAGAAUGAGUGUCAUCGUCAGAUCCAACUCAGGGGAGUUGUACCUGUUCUGCAAAGGUGCUGACUCCUCGAUUUUCCCGCGGGUCAUCUCGGGGAAAGUGGACCAGGUUCGGGCGCGAGUGGAGCACAAUGCUGUGGAGGGUUUACGGACUCUCUGCGUGGCCUACAAGAAGCUAAGUCGGGAGGAGUACGAGCAAGUGUGUCAUCUCCUCAACAGCGCUAAGCUGGCCCUCCAGGACCGGGACAAGAAGCUGGCCGAAGCUUAUGAUGUCAUCGAGAGGGAUUUCAUCCUGCUCGGAGCUACGGCCGUCGAGGACAGGCUGCAGGACAAAGCGGCAGACACCAUCGAGUCUCUGCACAAGGCCGGGAUGAAGGUGUGGGUGCUGACCGGAGAUAAGAUGGAGACGGCAGCGGCCACCUGCUACGCCAGCAAGCUCUUCCGCCGCAACACGCAGAUCCUGGAGCUGACCACCAAGCGCACCGAGGAGCAGAGCCUGCACGACGUCCUGUUCGACCUGAGCAGAACCGUGCUCCGCCAGCACGGCAGCAUGACCCGAGACACCUUCUCAGGUCUCUCGGGUGAUUUUCAGGACUAUGGGCUGAUCAUUGAUGGAGCGACGCUGUCGGCAGUGAUGAAGCCGUCACAGGAGGGCAGCAGCAGUGGAGGAAACUAUAAGGAGAUCUUUCUGGAGAUCUGCAGAAACUGCAGCGCUGUGCUCUGCUGCCGAAUGGCUCCUCUCCAGAAGGCACAGAUUGUAAAGCUGAUCAAGGCCUCAAAAGAGCACCCAAUAACUCUGGCCAUCGGCGACGGGGCCAACGACGUCAGCAUGAUUCUGGAAGCUCACGUGGGCAUAGGCAUCAUGGGUAAAGAGGGCCGUCAGGCAGCCCGCAACAGCGACUAUGCAAUCCCAAAGUUCAAACACCUGAAGAAGAUGCUGCUGGUGCACGGACACUACUACUAUAUCAGAAUAUCCGAGCUGGUGCAAUACUUCUUCUACAAGAAUGUGUGCUUCAUCUUUCCUCAGUUCCUUUAUCAGUUCUUCUGUGGCUUCUCACAGCAGCCAUUGUACGACACCGCAUAUCUCACUCUGUACAAUAUCAGCUUCACCUCCCUGCCCAUCCUGCUCUAUAGCCUUAUUGAGCAGCACAUCAACAUGGACAUCUUGAAAAGGGACCCCUCUCUAUACAGAGACAUUGCGAAGAAUUCCCUCCUGCAGUGGCCCAUUUUCGUCUACUGGACAUUCCUGGGGGUCUUUGACGCCAUGGUCUUCUUCUUUGGAGCUUUCUUCCUGUUUGACAACACCACCUUCACCAGCAACGGACAGCUAAUGGCCACCAACACACAGAUGAUGUUUGGAAACUGGACGUUCGGAACGUUAGUGUUCACAGUGCUGGUAUUUACGGUCACGUUAAAGCUUGCCCUAGACACACACUAUUGGACGUGGAUCAACCAUUUCGUAAUAUGGGGCUCGCUACUUUUCUACGUGAUCUUCUCUCUCCUGUGGGGAGGCAUCAUUUGGCCAUUCCUGAACUACCAGAGGAUGUACUAUGUGUUCAUGCAGAUGCUGGCCAGUGGUCCUGCCUGGCUCAGUAUCAUACUGCUGGUCAUGGUCAGUCUGCUGCCGGACGUGGUAAAGAAGGUGAUAUGCAGAGCACUGUGGCCCACCACUACUGAGAGAAUACAGAACGCAGAUAAACUCUAUAAGGGUCACCUGUCGGAGUUCACUCCCCUCUCCUCUCUCCACGCUCCACCUGUUCUCGGACGGGGCGGCGGCAACGAGGGCCAGAACCACACCCACCGCAGAACAAACUGGUGUUGCCUUUGUGCAAACCUGUUUUUGAGGAACACCCCAUAAGGCUGUGUUGUAUUUCACUAUGUGUCACCUGUUCCUCUGGUUUCGUCCCUUCCCUCACUGUCUUGUCUUUCUUUCACACCAUCACAUGGCCAGGCAUCCAUCUCAGAGAACAAAUCGGAAACCUUUUAUCUAUGGCAGAAACAAAGAGAGGGAGUGAGAGAGAGAUAAAGAGAGAGAGGGAGAGAAAAGAGGGCAAUUGAGGUCAAGAGAGCAGGUGUUGGUUGCUAAGAAGACCAAUGUUCUGAUUAUUGUAUGAUUAUUAUUAUUGUUGUUAUUAUUACUGUUGUUUUUAUUAUUACUGUUUGUCUUAGCUGCUUACUGUGUGUAGGUGCCUUCUGGUGCUUUGGAGAAAAGUACCUGCAUUUAUGUACAACCACUUAAAAAAAGUUUAAAAUAGGAAAAAAUCAUGAUGCAUGUAUAUUUUUCUUCAGACAUGUUAAAACAUGAGGAAUGUCCAACGUGAAUGCUUAAAUUUUUUGUCAAUUGUGAUGUUCAGUUAUGGAAUCGGGAGGCUGUGGGUGUUUGGAAGGGUGUUUUUAUUUUUGUCUUUCUUAGUUAACGAGAGCUUAAUUGUGCAUCACACCGCAAUCACAAUCAAAAAAUGUAGAAUGUUCAUACAUACAUAUAUCUAUCUCACUCUUUCUCUAUACAUAUAUAUAUAUAAAAAUAUAUAAAUAUCGAUGUAUGUCCUUGACGAGGUUUACAAAUACCCAAUGUAUGAAUGAAUGAAUGACUGAGCAAAUGAUUGAAUGAAAGAUUUAACCUGGUAAUUGGGUGGCUUUGCUUCUGGUCCAAAGGUAUAUUGCUUUGCUCGACUGUGUCUGAAUGUAAUCACUGUCCGGCAAAUUUUUUAUAUAUAAAAAAAACAAAAAAAAAAACACACAUUUUCAUAGGUCAUCAUUGAGUCUGUUGAGUAUUUGCAUGUUCUGUGUUGCGGAGCAAGCUAAACACUGAGCUAGCUAAACGAACUACUGUGUUGGCAUCAUCAUGUCGCAUCGUAUUCACACUGUAAUCCACAUUUUCUAAAUCUGAAUUGAUUCUGUUCUGAUUUGUCAUGAAAUGCUAUGAAAUGCUAUGAGUGUGAAACAAAUGUGUCCUGAGUCAGUGUUACGAGGUAGGCCUGCUGUCUAAUUUUAAAAUGCUUUUUGCUUUCAAAUGACUUAACUGAGCUUGAAAUCUGAAACCAAACGAGGGCAUAUUUCCAUGUACUCUGAGACCAUGUUUACACCUGGUCACUUCAUGUGUAUUGGGUAUCAGGAUUGUAUCUGGAUAAGAUGAAACCACAUACAAAAAUGCAAGCGCGAGUGCAAACGCGAAAUGCAUUUAAAACCGAUAACCUACAAGUCUGAGGUGGUGGUCUGAGAACAAGUUUACAAUUGGUCUCUUCAUGUGUCUUAAUAAUCAGGAUUAUAUCUGGAUAAGGUCAAUCCACAUAGAGAUGCUUUUAAAACAAAUUAAAUACAAAUCUGAUUGUUAAAAUGAACCACGUUUGAGUGCACCUAAAAUGCAUUCAAAAAAAAGAUACAAAUCUGAGGAGGUGGCCUGAGACCAUGUUUUCACUUGGUCUUUUUAUGCAUCUUGAGUUUCAGAACUAUAUCAGGACUAUAAGUCCAAUCCACAUAAAAAUGCAAGUCUAAACACAUUAAAGAUGCAUUCAAAACAAAUUCGAUACAAAUCUGAUUGCUCAAAUUAACCACUUCAGAAGGUGGUCUGAGACCAUGUUUUCCCCUGGUCACUCUAUGCGUAUUAAGAAGCAGAAUUAUAUUCGGAUAAGACCAGGGCACACAAAAUGCAUUUAAAACACAGAUACAAAUCUGAGGUGGUCUGAGACCAUUUUUACACUCGCCUUGAGUGUCAGAAUUAUAUCUGGAUAAAGCCAAUCCACAUUAAAAUGAAAGUGUAAACUCACAGCAGAUCUGAGACACUUUAAGCCACGUUAUAGCGGUGUAAGGACAUGCUCAUAUCUAUCCAAGGCACACAAUAGACAAACCUAAACUCCCAAUACAGCUAAAACAUCAGUAUUAAUAUGCCGUCCCUGAUAAAAAAAAAAAACAAGUGUCUAAAUGCAUGUGGUUAAAAACUAAUCAUGAUACAAAUUCAGAUACACAAUUUACAUUAAAUCAUCAGGUGUAAAAGUGUUAAUACUCAUGUAACUCUAAGUAACUGCUGUCUAUUUUACUGUUUUCCUCAGCUUAGCCACUUUUAGCUAUUUUUAACCACUGUAAUGAUGUCUGGUUGCUGAAACCCUAAAACGACUGUGGCACUGAAAAGGGUGUAGAGACUGUUUGUUUUUGUUUUUUUGUUUUGUUUUCUUUAUUUAUUUUAAUCAAUGUUGCUGAGAAAUGUUUUUUUUUUUUUUGUUCAGGAUUUUGAAUGUAUAAAUGAGCAGUUUCCACCUGAUAUGCUAACCUGGCUAGCCGCAAACACAUUAGCUACAAUACACAAUGCUAAGUUGUUGUUGUUGAUACACAUUAGACUAUACCAUGCUAAUUUGUGUCAGUGAGCUUGCACUUGUUGUUAGUCACGUUAGCUAGCUAGCAUGCUAGCCAUAAACAAAUUACAAUACAUCAUGCUAAUUUGUGUCUGUGAGCUUGUACUCACCCAUAGUUGUUAGCCAUGUUAGCAUUGGUGUGGUCAAGCUGUAUCUUCAGAAAAUCCAAGCCACUUUUAAAUGCUUUAUGUGAGUGUGUAAAAUGUAAGUGUCGUCACUGGAAAAGUAACGAUUGAACAAUGGUGGUAAUGAUGUGAACUUAGCUAGCUUGAGGAAGAGGCUGUGAGAACAAACUUCUCCUUCAGAAAUAAUGUGGUCUGAAGAGCAAGAAACCUGUGUUGCUCGUUCUUCGAGCUUUUUUUUCUGACAAGCCACUGUACCACAUCAGUACUUCUGCUACUUCUACUUCUUCUUCUUCUUCUUCUUCUUCGUCUAACCCAGGAAUCAGUCCCUGGAUGCUGGGCUAACCUGAAUGUAGCCUAGCAUGUUCGAGCACUGGCUAGCUAGCUAACACUGGAUUGUAUCAUAGAACUGUCGGAUAUACAGCUCUGGAAAAAAUUAAGAGACCACUUCAGUUUUUGAAUCAGUUUCUCUGAUUUUACUAUUUAUAGGUAUACGUUUGAGUAAAAUUAACAUUGUUGUUUUAUUCUAUAAACUAUGGACAUUUCACUCAAAUUCCAAAUAAAAAUAUUGUCAUUUAAAGCAUUUAUUUGCAUUUAGAUGCAGAGCUUUCGGACCUCAAAUAAUGCAAAGAAAACUAGUUUAUAUUCAUAAAGUUUUAAGAGUUCAGAAAUCAAUAUUUGGUGAAAUAAUCCUGUUUUUUAAUCACAGUUUUUAUGCAUCUUGGCAUGUUCUCCUCUCCACCAGUCUUACACACUGAUUUUGGAUAACUUUAUGCCUUUACUCCUGGUGCAAAAAUUCAAGCAGUUCCGCUUGGUUAUAUCUUGAUUAUGUUCUAGAGGUUUUUAAUUUGGUAAAAUCAAAGAAACUCAUAAUAUUUAAGUGGUAUUUUAUUAUUUUUAUUUCCAGAGCUGUAUAGCGUGAACUAGCUCAUCUAGUAAAUAGCUAGGUAUUUUGUAUAUCUCACUGGGGGAAAAUGUCAUUUUGCUACUUUUUGUAUUAAAAAGUUGUAUUGAAAAGUACUACUUACUUGACUCCGUUUAGAAGAUUGUGUUUAGAAGAGUUUUAUACCAACCAAAAUUUGAGCUAUAGCAACUUCAACAUAAAAAAAAAAACACAAAAAAAUGAAAAUUAAAAAAAGGAAGAGGCUGGAAAACAUAGCUUUAACCUCUUACCUCUAAAGUCUCCAUUAGAAAUGUUGACGUGCACUGUUUCUACCAGGAUGUAUACGUGACUCACACGUUGCUCACACUGAACCUAGGAAGACACUUUUGACGUACAUUUUUUUGCUGCUGCUCUAAAAAAAAAAGUGUGACCAAAUACUGGACUAUUCUACAUGUCUACUGUGUUUUUCUUUAUUUAAGGCUUUACUGACUCUAGUGGGGCUAAAUAAAUCAAUGCCAGCCUACUCAGAUUAACCGAAUGUCGAUUUGCUUUGUUUUUUUUGUUUUUUUUCCAGUUCAUCAGCACAAUGUGUGAUGUUGCUUUUAACAGAAUAUAUACUGUAUAUUUAAAUGUACACUGUACAGCAUAUAUGUAGUAAUACGAAUCAAUGUACAGUUUGGGGGUCUUUUUGUAUACAGUUUUUAACAGAUUGGUAUCUGUAGAUACAUGUGGAUUUUUGCCAGCUUUUCUGUAGCUAUUAACAGCAAAAACAGAGUGUACAUUUGCUUGUAAUAAACAAAGAAAACAAAAAAGA